GGAGCAUUUAGUAGACACACUCCUUCACUCAGUCACUCUCCCCUAGCCAGUGACGUCCACCACUGCAAACAUUUGCUGCCUGCCAGGCCCCCUCCUCUCAGCCACGAUGACCGGCACCCUCUGCUUGAGCUCCCUCCUCCUCCUCGUGCUGAUGCUGCUGUCCCUCUCCUGUCCCGCUCGUGCUGAACCUCGGCGGACCACGUCCUCUCAGCUCAGGCUGGCUCGCGCACCAGCUGCCAAGGUGCGUUUGGCGGGCAACUUUGCGCGAGAACCGCACGAAGGGCGCGUGGAGGUGCUGCACAACAACACCUGGGGGACAGUCUGCGAUGAUGAAGUGGACAUCAAGAUGGCCAACGUGGUGUGCCGAGAGCUCGGUUUCCAGAGCGGUGUAACGUGGGCACACAGCGCUAAGUAUGGAGAAGGAGCGGGCCCAAUAUGGAUGGAUAAUGUGCGCUGUGAUGGCUCAGAGAAGUCCUUGAAGGACUGCAAACACAACGGUUGGGGCGUGAAUGACUGUAAACACUCUGAAGACUUGGGGGUGGUGUGCACACCUGAGCGCAGGCUGGAUCAAACAGCAAUUAGAGGCUACACCACGGCCACCAGGCCCAAUGGCAGAUCCGCACCUCAGUGGCAGGGCCCUGUGGCCACCCGCAGGCAUCCAGGAUAUGGCUAUUAUGGAAACGGACAUCAAGCUGAGAUCCCCAGGUUUCAAAGACAUCACCAGGGUCACAGUAAGGUGCAAAUCGAGGAAGUCCGUCUUCGUCCCAUCCUCAUGGCUACCAAGAAGAAGAGCCUGAUCACAGAGGGUGUGGUGGAAGUGAAGCACGCUGGGAGAUGGAGGCAGGUUUGUGACUUGGGUUGGAGUCUCAACAGCAGCCUAGUUGUGUGUGGGAUGCUCGGCUUUCCAGAGGCUACUCAACACAAUGUCAGAACAUACAAAAAAAUAUGGGAUACCAAGGUUGCAGAUCCUUCUACAAGAUUGAGCAUCAUGUCAAAGAAGAAAGGAUUCUGGGUAGAAAAAUUUCACUGUCUGGGCACUGAGAACAGCCUUUCAGAGUGCCAUUCUAAGCUGUCAAUCCCCCGUAGUCCCACUCCUUGUAAGAAUGGGAGACAUGCAGUGGUCAAGUGUGUGCCAGGACCUCAGUUUGCUCGCAUCUCCUCAGGAAGACCCCAAGCCCCCUAUCCAGUUGUGCCUGUGCGUCUGAAGGCUGGCCCCAGGCUUGGUGAGGGUCGUGUGGAGGUGCUCCGAGACGGAAAAUGGGGGACCAUCGUGGACCACAUGUGGGAUAGACCUGCAGCCAGUGUGGUGUGCAGAGAACUAGGCUUUGGUUCUGCCAAGGAUGCCCUGCAUGGAGCCUUUAUGGGUCAAGGUACAGGACCUAUCCAUAUGAACAGUGUCCAGUGUAUGGGGUCAGAGCGCUCCAUCCUAGACUGCUACUUUCAGGAAGUCCAACCGUGGACAUUCAAACACAGCCAGGAUGCCUCAGUACGCUGUAAUGUCCCAAAGACUGGAAUGGAGAACACGGUACGACUUGUUGGUGGUAGAGUCCCAUCAGAAGGCCGUGUGGAAGUGUUGAUGGAGGUUGGAGGUCGUAAGCGUUGGGGCUCUGUCUGUAGUGAGAACUGGGGCAUCAACGAGGCGAUGGUGUUAUGCAGACAGCUCGGCCUGGGCUUCGCUGCCAGUGCUCAUCAGGAGACCUGGUACUGGCCCGGUGACCCAAAUGCAGCUGAUGUGAUUCUCAGUGGAACUCACUGUGUGGGCACAGAAUUUUCAAUUCAACAAUGUCGCCGCAACAACCAUGUCCAUUGUCCUCGAGGAGGUGGAACUAAGGCAGCUGGGGUCAGCUGUUCAGACACGGCACCUGACCUCGUUCUGGAUGCCCAGCUGGUCCAGGAGACAGCCUACCUGGAAGACCGACCCCUCCACCUGCUGACCUGUGCCAAUGAGGAGAACUGUCUGUCCUCGUCUGCUGCCAGGAUGAAUUGGCCUUAUGGCCACCGACGCUUGCUGCGCUUCUCCUCCCGCAUCAUGAACAUGGGACGGUCCGAUUUCAGACCCAAAGCAACAAGAGAGAGCUGGACAUGGCACCAGUGUCACAGGCACUACCACAGUAUCGAGGUGUUCACACAUUACGACCUGCUGACUCUGAAUGGCACGAGGGUUGCAGAGGGACACAAGGCCAGUUUCUGUUUAGAGGACACGUAUUGCCCUGAUGGACUCCAGAAGCGGUUCUCCUGCUAUAACAUGGGUGAUCAGGGUAUCUCUGUGGGCUGCUGGGAUACAUAUCGCCACGAUAUCGAUUGUCAGUGGAUUGACGUGACAGAUGUACGGCCUGGAGACUACAUCUUUCAGGUGGAAAUCAACCCCUCAAUGGACAUGGCUGAGUCUGACUUUAUGAACAAUGUUAUGAGAUGUCGGUGCAAAUAUGAUGGCCACAGAGCUUACAUGUAUGGAUGUCAUGCAGGUGAUGCAUACAGUGCAGAGAUUGAGGACCUGUUUGAGCACCAGAGGCAAAUCACCAACAACUCUGUGUAGCCCAUCCUAGAGCCCAGUGCAAAGGCCUUCCAGUGGGACCCAGAGACUACUCAGGGUGGGCUGAGGUAGAUGGCCCUAGGCCCUUGGGACCUUAGGACCCACAAUAACAGACAACAACAAUGGUGCCUGUUCACCUCCUUGGCAGAUGUGGAUAAAAUAUUGUUAACCGCAUCAUAUUACAGCAGCGACCAUUGCAGAGACUCUAUUGACAACAAGAAUGGAACAGGUGCCAAACUGCUCAACAUGUUUUUUACUCUAGGAAAGUAGGAAGAUAUUGGAUAUUCAAACUAUACAGAUUUUUUUGAAUGUGGACGACUAGUAACUUAAAAUAGUUAUUCAAAACGUGUACGUAUGAAAGACCUUAAUGUCGCUAUAACUAAUCUGUCACAAAGGCAACAGGGAGGCCCGUGCUGUUGGGAAAUCUCAUUCCCAAUUUAGAAGAUAUGAAAAUCUGAGAAAAAAUAAUAAUAUUGUGAGUUUGCAUAAUUUCUGUUGCAAAAGGCCAAUGUAAUGCACAUCUAGCAUAAGUACUAAAAUUUGCUCUGUUGGCAUUCAUUUUACCGAAAAUUCUUUACUUUAAUUUUGUAACUGUUACGCCUUUACAUAACCUUACUAUGUUUCAGGUGAACAGUGUUGUACAAUCGUUUUGGGUAGUUUUCUUUCACAGUUAAUUAGGUAUUUUAUCAUUGCUUUGGUUUUAACAAGAUCAUUGUUUUAUAAAAGUGUAGUCGUGCUACAAGGUUUUGCUUCUCAUCUAGAAUAGGUAAGAAGAGGUCACAUGAUUUUUUAUGGAACAAAGCACUUUAUCUUUUAAACAGCAGUAUUCUAGUUUUGCCCCAAUACUUGUUUUUUAUUAGCCACAAAUUUGACUUCUUAGGGUGUUUAUCUAAAAAACACUUUAUUGUGUUUUACAUUUCAGAAAGUUGCAAAGAAACUCCCGCACACUGUCUAACUUGCAAAAAUAAAUGUAAUCGCUGGCAGCGUUUCAGUACUAGAACUUCCUCAGGCUGAGGGAGAUCUAAUACCAAAAUGUGUUUAAUAGCUGGCAACAUCAGCUAUUAAAUUUAAUUUGGCAAGUUAGACAGUGUGCGGGAGUUUCUUUGCAACUUUUGACCUACUCGUCCCUCUCCGACCUACCUGUCUCACGUUAUAGAUGUGUGAAGUAUUUUUCUGUUCUACAUUUCAGAAAGUGAAAUAUAAGGUUUGUGUUUAGUUUUCAUAUGCAAUAUACUAUUUAUGCUGUAACUUUAUUUAUUCAUGGUUUCACACAUACACAGCAUGCUCAGUAAAGAGUUUGUUAGCCAGCGCUUAAUUAACAAUGCUGAAUACUUUUUUGUUUUGUUUCUGAUAAUUAACCAGGGAGGAAAAAUUAUUUCAUACAGGACAUAUUAUUAGAACUUUCCCAUGAUGCAGAUAAAUCAUUUUUUAUUUAUUUUAUUUUAGUUAUUAAAAUAACUGUACAGGUUUUUCUUUUCCAACCUCUCUGAUGGAAGGGACAAAACCACAGUAUUGUGGCAGGCAGGCAGGGAGGCUGGGUUUUGAGAGCAUAUAAAAAAACUUUUAAUUACAUCUGUUUGGGUUAGACAUAAGGUUAUGCUUAAGGUUAGGGCUAUAGCAUGUGCUUUAUAAAGAAAAACUAUGGCGUUGUUAUAUAUGGAAUCACGGAAAGAGCGAGAAUCUGGAUUUUCACCUUAACACAAACUACAAGAAAGAUUCUGAGUUUCUGAGAUGAUUUAGUAAGGGAGAUGGUGAUUGAAAGAAAGAUUGAGUAAGAAUGACAGAAAGAGAGAAAGGGGUGAAGUUUGGAGAAAGACUUAUGCAGACAUGCAGUUUUUACUACCAGAGCUGUCUUUUUGUAGGCAGCCAUAGAGAGACCACAAGCUGGCAUUUUCAGUUCUCCGACGAGAACAACAUGUUUGUCUGGGAGAAAAAAUAAAUUCCUCAAUUCACGCUUCAACUCAGUAAACAGUGCCCUUAUUUUUACUAAAACGGGGCUGCUAAAAUAUACUGUUUCUCUCUAUACUUUCUUUGCUAACAUUUAGCUCCACACCAAACAAUGAUGCAACUUAAUUUUCUUUACAGCAUGGAACUUGUGUUAAUCAUGUUGUUUUACCCCAAUAAUGUGUUUGAUGUGUUUGGCUUGAUUUCUUGGUGGUUAAAUGGGUUAAGAUGGUUUUCUAAUGGCCAGUUUCCAGGACAUGUUGUGGAAAGGACAAGUCACUCAUAAAGACAACUGUAGACUUAAUUUAUUUAGCACAUUGUCUUCCUCCUCACUGGAAGGCUUAGAAAGAAUAGAUAGCUUUUUAGAAUAACUUUUAAAAAUCAUGCACAUCUGGUCAAACACAGUCAGCCCUAUUACUAAAAACUGUUGGGGAUACAAAUGUUAGAAGAUAGACCUGAAAGUCUAAAAUAAGUGUUUGCUGAUUUGCUUUGCUAUUGUUUUGUGCUUGUAUACAGUUGCUAUUGACAUAGUGUGGUCUGUUCUGUGUGUUAUUUAAAAUGAUAUGCCAUUCCAUAUCUUAAGUUGGUUCAUAUUCACCACUCUCAUCAAAUUACUGUGUUGUACCCAUGCUAUAGGCAUAGCACUGGGACAUUUCCAUGGCCAGUUAUGCUUUUAUUUUGUUUUUAAAGCUGAGAGUGUGAGCUACAUGGUGCUUAUCUACAAUCAUAUUUAGAGAAAGCUGUGCUCUCAGGGACUUUAACCUCAUCUAAAGAGAAAAAAUACUGUUUCAUGUGAUGUGAUUUGGGUUGCUUUUAGCUGUAAUGCAUACACUCUUACAAAAAAGUGAUCUGUACCCACAAAAGUUAGGAUAACUGUUGAUAGACACUGGCUGAGUCAGGGGCAACUUUCAGUUAAAGACCAAAUCACAAUCCAUUUAUUCAUCAUUACUGUGAAUCAAUAAAACUUCAUCACAUAC